CAGGCAAGGCGGCAAGCGGCGCAGGGGAAAACAAACACAGCUGACCCAAGGAUGCCGACUGCCGUGCCUCUCAGGACACUGCUAGAGAGAGCACCGGCGUAAACUGUAUCAUCACUGCCUUUCAGCAACAACAGUGAUGAUGCAGUGGGGGCGAGGGCUGCUAAGGGUGGUGUGGGGUGCCCCGGUGUGGGUGGUGGCAGGCCGGGCACUGCACUGGCCUGCUAACAAGGUCAGAAGCACGUUUCUACAGUAUUUUGAAAAUCUGGAUCACCACGUUGUGUCAUCCAGCCCUGUGAUUCCCUGGAAUGACCGCACUUUGACUUAUGUUAAUGCUGGAAUGAAUCAGUUCAAGCCAGUGUUCCUUGGAGAGGCUGAGCGGCCAUGUGCUCGUGCUGCCAGCAGCCAGAAAUGUGUGCGUGUGGGAGGGAAGCACAAUGACCUGGCAGACGUGGGCACUGACACCUACCACCACACCUUCUUUGAGAUGAUGGGCAGCUGGUCCUUUGGUGAUUAUUUUAAGGAGGAAGCGUGUCGCAUGGCUUGGAGACUGCUGACAGAGGUGUACCAGCUGCCUCCUUCCUCGCUCUAUGUCACAUACUUCAAAGGGGACGAGGAGCUGGGUCUGGAGGCCGACCUGGAGGUGAAGCACAUCUGGAGAGGCAUAGGUGUUCCUGAGGAGAGAAUUCUUCCCUUUGGCAUGAAGGACAACUUCUGGGAGAUGGGAAUGUUUGGCCCCUGUGGACCCUGCACAGAAAUCCACUAUGACCGCCUCUCUCGCCCCUAUGCUGGGGAGAGAGUCAAUCUUGGGGUGGAGGACUUGAUAGAGCUGUGGAAUAUAGUGUUCAUCCAGUUUGAGAGACUACAAGACAGCAGCCUGCGGAACUUAGGGACUCACUUUGUUGACACUGGGAUGGGUCUGGAGAGGAUCACAGCAGUGCUCAACAACAAGUCUUCAAACUAUGACACUGAUCUCUUCAUGCCAAUAUUCUCUGCCAUCCAAAGGAUGAGUGGCAGACCAGUCUACAGUGGCAGCUUCAGUCGUGACAACCAGUGCCUGGACACAGCGUACCGAGUGUUGGCAGACCACGCACGGAUGGUAACGGUGUGCCUGGCUGAUGGCAUGUUCCCCCAGGAGUGCUACAAUCUCAACCACAUCAUCAAGCGCUCCCUCUCCAUCGGGUGCAAGCACUUUGGCUUCACACGGGGGCACGGUGGCCUGGGGGAGCUGGCCAGGGUAGUGGCUGAGACGCUGGGACAGGCUUACCCAGAGCUGAUGACACAGCUGCCGCGCAUCACCACUGUCCUGGAGCAUGAGGAGGAGGCAUUCUACGACACACAGAAGGAUGUUUCCAGAGGGUGGAAAAAUUUGGUUAUGGAAAGACCUGAGUUGGCCAGUGUUACUUGCUACCAUGUACCAAGAAGUGUUGAAGGCAUUGAGGACAUGCUCCCACACCUGCCCAAGUGGAGAGAGCGAGGCAACACACUCCCCGGUGAUGCGGCACACAAACUGUACGCCACCUAUGGCUUCAGCAUCGCUUUGAUCAACGAACUGGCCCAAGUGUAUGGCCUUGUGGUGGACGAGGAGGGACUUGAGGCAGCCAUGGAGGAGGCAAGACAAAGGGCAAGAGAGGGACAGGUGAGAGCUUACUAUGGCAUGGGAGUGAACAAGGAUGGAAGGUUACUGGAAGACCUCCAAGCAUCAAACAUACCCUUAACUGACGACAGUGCAAAAUACCUUUAUAACACUGACUCUCAAGGGCGCUACGAAUUUCCACCUGUUGAAACAAAUAUCCUGGCAUUGGUUGUGGAUGGCAGCCGAGUGGAAAGGAUAAGAGGCAGUGCAACUGUUGGUGUCAUCUUAAAGGCAACCAAUUUCUACCAUGAGUCUGGUGGGCAGGAUGGGGACACAGGCUGGCUGGAGACAAGUGGUGCACAGUUGAGAGUAAGCUCUGUAGACAACAUUGGCGGCUACCUCAUCCACUGGGGCCUUCUUGAACACGGCGAGGUGGCAGUGGGAGACACGGCUGUGGUUAGGAUAUCUGAGAUGCCACGGCUGGGUUGUAUGAGGAACCACACAGCCACACACCUGCUAAACAGUGUCAUCAAGACCAUCACAGGUGUGUCAUGCCAGACCUCCUCCAGAGUGACUCCUGACUACCUCCUCCUGCAGCUACACACCUAUCAGGCUCUCACUCCCUCAGCCCUCACUGAGGCUCACCACUUGAUCAAGAGUUGGAUAGCCCAGCAGUGCCCCAUCCAUCGCAGAACCAUCGGCUUUCAGGAGCUGCUGCAGGAGGGCAGUGUGACUCUGGUGCCUGGGGAGGUGUACCCUUACUCUGUACACGUCAUCUCCAGCAGGGCACGAAGGGACAGUGCUAUACAGGAAGGUGAAGUGGGCUACCUGGAGUCCAGGGAGCCGUGUUGUGGCACUCACCUCCUCAACACGGCACACAUUGGCACCUUUGUCAUCGAGAGUGUUAGUAAAGCUGGACAGAGCAAUAUAAGGAUACGUGGCCUGUGUGGGGAAGAGGCAGCAAGAGCAGAGAGCAAUGGCGUGGCUGCCCUCCAGAAGAUGAGAGAGUGGGAACGCUUGGUUAAUGAAGCCAUGAGUGCAGGAGCAAAGGACAGGCUGCUUCACCUGGACCAGGACAUAAAGGAGUGGCACGCUGGUAUGUCUGCCAAGCUGCUGCCUCACCUUGUCCGCUGCUCUAUCAGUCAGGCAGUGGAGGACCUGGCCAGACUCCUGAAGAAGUCUAUCAGGGUGGAUGCCAAUGUGGAAAUGGCCAAUGAAGUGAAGGACAUUAUGAGCAGACAGCCAGCUGGUGCCAUCAUUCACCUUGUGGAGACAGACUUUGGCACCAGCAAGCCCAAGCUGCGGCAGGCCACCAAGAUUGCCAAGGACCGGCCCAUACUCCUAAUGGUGAAGACUAACGGGAUCGUCAUGGCUCGAUGCACACUGCCAGAGGCUAUGGCAGGGCAGGGAGCCUCAGCACAGGAGUGGCUCAGCUGUGUCCAGGACUCACUGGGGGGAUGUGUAGAGACACCCCCUGACAAGAGCCCCAGACUGGUGGCCAACCUCAGGAGUUCCAAGCUAAAGCCCUGCAUUCUCCAGGAGAAGCUGCAGGAGGCUCUGGAAUCUUCCAGUAAAUACAUAGGGAAAUUUUCCGUCCAAGCAGGGAAGAGUUCUUGAGUGGCACCCCGAUGAUAGGCAUCCAGUCAGCACGCCAGGCCGACCUUUACACUCGCCAUGGGGGAAAAGGCUACAUUUGAUUACACAGUGGAGGGAGAGGGUAGCUGUGUGUGGGAGAGAAAUGUGUCAAUACUAUUGCACUUUGGAAAGAAACAAUAG